GGAGCCUUGUCCCUUCAGCUUCUUCGUUACAUCCCAUCUACGCCGUGGCGCCUGUGUCAGAUCACGAGCAACAAACGUUGCCCUCGAGAACUUAUACGCCGUCGGUACAGCCCUUAUCAUCGCUCAAAGCGCCAGUCUACGCGUCAGCUGGUCGCGAGGUGCCAACACAAGCCGGUCUAGACUUUGGGUCGUCGCAGCAACCUCAACGUGUUGAACAAAGCCUCUCAGAGUUCGCCGUGGCUGGUCCGAGCCAGGUUGUGCCGCUUACACCACGUAUUGCGUCGCUCCACCUUCAGCUUUCUCAAACGAGGCAACCUAGCUCGCCGCCGUAUCAACCCCCGGUCGUGGGACCAUCUUACGUACCACAAUCCGGAUCCUGGUAA